UAGAGGAAGCAAUAUUUCCCUCAGCUCAGCUGCUGCGACGGACUCUAUCGACUCAGGGCCAGUUCGCCAUUUUAAUCUGACAUUUGAGGAAUAACACACACGUUUAUCAACCAUAAGGCGUUUCUUCACGGCGACACAAAUCUCCAUGAUGAUGGAAAUGGAGGUGAUGCAUCCCGGUCAACAGGACAUGGACCUGAUUGACAUACUGUGGAAGCAGGACAUUGAUCUUGGAGCCAGGCGAGAGGUGUUUGACUACAACCACCGUCAGAAAGAGCAUGAGCUGCAGAGGCAGCGGGAGCAGGAGGAGGAGAAAAAGCUGCAUCUGCUCCAGGAGCAGGAGAAGGCCCUGCUUGCACAGCUACAGCUCGAUGAGGAGACGGGAGAGUACAUACCCCGCCCGCCACCCAGCGCCCCACUGCAGUCGGCUGUCACACCUUUGGAGGUUACACAGAAUGUCAGCUUCGCAGAGGAGAACGGUGAUGCCCUGUCAUUUGAUGAAUGUUUGCAGCUAUUGGCAGAGACAUUUCCUGUAGAGGAAACUGAGAACACCACAGUUUGCCUGGACACAACUGCUGUUUCAUUACCCAGCAGCAGCAACAUCAUGAUGUCGCCCGAACAGCCAGCUCUGCCGCCGGCCACCCUCUCCCCAGGUCCACUGCCACCGUCACAGAGGAUGUCCCCAGAUUUGGAACAGGCCUGGAUGGAGCUUUUGUCCCUCCCUGAGCUGCAGCAAUGCCUGAGCAUGCAAAUGGAGGACACACUGGAGACUACAACUUAUCCUCUUGCAAACAGCCCUGAAGUACAGAGCCCAAACUUCACUUUUUACCCCAUGACCAAUCUCACAGAUGGGGAAACAAACAGUUUAAAUGUUUGUCCUGCAGAAUUUAUCAGUACAUUCGAUGCCUCUGUUCCUAGUAUGGCUCCACCGGACAAUCUCAGCCAAAUGGAGGCGAAAGCUCCUCAGCUAAAUACUAACUUUGGUGCAGAAGGUUUCUGUGACAUAUUUUACCCCACUGCCGUUCUGGAAGAUAGCAGUGGUCAGCAUGGCCUUGAAGGAAAUGAAAGCACCACCGUGUCUGACAUCCCCAGCAAGCCUCCCUUCAUACCCAUGGACCUUUACAGCCUCUCACCCGGUGGAGCAUUUGACAGUGGCAAACACAAUCUGACGGCUGAAAUGCCAGACUCAGAUUCAGGAAUCUCUUCAAACACAAGUCCAAAUGCUAGUUCACCUGCAAAAUCUGCGUAUGGAGAUGGGUCCUUUGGUUACAGUGAUUCAGACAUGGAGGAGAUGGACCACAACCCUGGAAGUGCGGAGUCUGAAUACUCAGAGAUGUUCUCGCUAAAUUUCCAACCUGAUGAUCCAGUUUCUGAUUCGGCACCGAUAGGGCAGCAACAACGGCAACAGGGGAAGAAACCCAAACAUCACAGGACGGACCCAUCAGAGGAGAGUGGCCACAACAACGCUCCCUUCACCAAAGACAAGCAGAAGAGACGCUCCGACUUGCGUCUCCCCAGAGACGAGCAGAGGGCUAAGGCCCUCAAAAUCCCUUUCACUGUUGACAUGAUUAUCAAUCUGCCUGUUGAUGACUUCAAUGAGAUGAUGUCAAAGCACCAACUGAACGAGGCCCAGCUGGCCCUGGUCCGGGACAUACGCCGCCGCGGCAAGAACAAAGUAGCUGCCCAGAACUGCCGCAAACGCAAGAUGGAGAACAUAGUGGGUCUGGAGGGCGAGCUGGACUCACUGAAGGAGGAAAGAGAGCGUCUGCUGAGCGAGAAGAGCCAGAACAUCACAGACCUGAAGGAAAUGAAGCAGCAGCUCAACAGCUUGUACCUGGAGGUCUUCAGCAUGCUGAGAGACGAGAAGGGGAACACCUACUCUCCAUCCGACUACUCCCUCCAGCAGUCGACCGACGGCAGCAUCUUCCUUGUCCCUCGCAUUAAAAAGACUUUCAAGAGCGAAGACAACCACUUAUCUCCUUUGUAAUAUGGUACUGCGUUAACAUAGUGAUACUAUGCAAUAACUUUGUAGUCGCUCAGCUUUAAAGCAUUAGUAGCUCAGCAGAACUAUUGUAUAGUUUUUGCUUACUUCUCUCGAAUGUUGUAAUAUUUUUGAUAUUUUACUUCUUUUGUACUCUGAUACCCUCACAGAUUCUAUAACCAAUAUUGUUUGUAAAUAUAAACAUUACAUGCUUUUGAGAUUGAUAAAAAUGUUACUGUACGUGUGUAUAUAUAUAUAUUGUAUAUAUCAUAUUUCUGUAUGCUAAUGGUUGUUUCAAUCAUUGCCACUCAUAUUUUAUAACUUUCCCUUUAUGAUUUGCUGCCCAGGUUCUUUUUUUAAAAACUUCUGUGCUUUUCAAUAAACUAUUCCUAUAGCUA